AUGAGAGAGUCGUUGAUGUGUAUGUACUCUAUUAAAAUGUCAGUUAUUGUCGUACCUGAUAUGUCAGCCGGAAUAUCAGUUAACGACUACUACAAGGGAAAAAAUGUCCUUCUUACUGGAGGCACGGGGUUCAUGGGAAAAGUCUUGAUCGAGAAGCUUCUAUACAGCGUACCAGACAUUGGCACCAUCUAUGUCCUUAUGCGGCCAAAGAGGGGGAAAUCGGUGAACCAAAGGUUGGAGGAAAUGCAGCGGUUACCGCUCUUCGACCGAACUCGGAACGAAAGACCAUCAAGUUUCAAAAAGAUCAAAGUCCUUCAAGGUGACGUGCUCUUCGAAAACUUCGGACUGUCAGAUGUCGAUAUAGAACGACUAUCAGAAGAAAUAUACCUCGUAUUCCACUUCGCUGCGACUCUUAGAUUGGAAGCUCCGCUGAAAGACAGCAUUAAUAUGAACACGUGUGGCACACAAAGGACGUUAAACGUGGCCAAACGGUUGAAGAAGUUAGAAGCCUUGAUACAUCUUUCUACCGCCUUCUGUUAUCCUGAUUAUAAAGUUCUGGCGGAAAAGAUUCACGCACCAACAGUAAUACCAGCGGAUGUUAUGCGACUCAUUGAAUGGCUAGAUGACAAGCAAUUGUCGCUACUGACUCCAUCUCUACUGGGUGCUCACCCCAACUGCUAUACAUACUCGAAGAGAUUGGCUGAGUCGUUAGUGUCUGAUGCGUUCGAUUCCAUGCCUGUUGUUAUUGCUCGGCCUAGUAUAGUUUGUCCAGCGUGGACCGAACCGGUGCCUGGAUGGGUGGAUAACCUCAAUGGCCCUGUGGGUCUGAUGAUUGGUGCUGGAAAGGGUGUGAUAAGAAGCAUGUUAUGUGACGGCAGUUAUUUUGCUCAAGUAAUUCCUGUUGAUACUGCUAUCAACGCCAUUAUAGCUAUAGGGAUGAUUGAAGGAUCGAGAAAGGAGAAGCCAGAAGUGAUACCAAUAUACAACAUAAACAGCGGUCAUCAAAAACCGACAACAUGGGGUGAUGUACUAAGAAUAGGAAAGGAGUACGGGAGAAAGUUUCCCUUGUCUUGGCCACUUUGGUACCCAAACGGGGACAUCACCACGAACUACCCGUUACACGAGUUCAAGAGAAUUUUCUACCAUCUCCUACCAGCUUAUUGUAUAGACUUUUUGCUUCUUAUUAUGGGGCAGAAGAGAUUCAUGCUUCGAGUACAAGAAAAAAUAAGCCAAGGCCUUGAAGUGUUGCAGUACUUCACCAUGAGACCCUGGAACUUUCCGUGUCCAAACUUUGAAAGCAUCCUCACAAAACUACAGCCAGAAGACAGACAAACAUACAACACAGAUCUAACUGACGUCGACAAGGGGGAAUACAUUAAUAGUUGUAUCGAAGGCGGUAGAAUUUACUGCCUAAAAGAAGACCCGGCCAAAAUACGUAUUAACAGACUUCAUCAUAACUUCCUUUACGUUUUGGAUUGGAUUGUGAAAAUCAUGUUUUGGCUUUUCAUCUUCUCACUUUUGGCUAAGUGGUUGGCACCGGUCAAAGAUUUACUCAGCUAUGGAGAACCAGUAGUCAAGCGCUUGCCUCUAUUGGGACCAGCCGUUUUUGAUAAAUAA